AUGUCAUGCACUCAUUUCAUUAGAAUUCAACGGCAAUUUAUUACAAAAGUGAAAAAAAUAUCGGCAGAAGUGGGAAAAUUGAUAAAUAUUUUUUUUUCCUUUUUACACUUACUGUCUCUCUUUCUUUUUUCUGUUUUUCUCUUUCAUUUUCUUUUUUAUUGUUUCUUUUUCAGUUUCUUUUUUUCUAUCUUAGACUAUAUAUCUUUAUUCAUUUUAUUGUUUCUUUCUUACUUUUUACUCAUUCUCUUUCUUUUUUCAUAUUUAUUUUCUGUUUCUCUUUCCUUUUUUUUCUUGCUUAUUCCGUCUCUAUCUUUUCUCUUUGUUUUUCUCUCUUUUCUCUUUCUCUCUUUGAUACUCUUUUUUCUCAUUCUGUAUUCACUCUUAUUGUUUCAUUUUUUCUUCUCUGUUUCUUUUAUCUCUAUUUUUCUUAUUCUAUCUCUUUCAUGUUUCACUCUUUUCUUUUCUUUUCGCUUAUUCUGUUUUCUCUUUCCCUUUCUUUUUUCAUACUUAUUUUAUUUCUCUCUUUUUCUCACUCUUAUUCCAUUUCUCUUUUUUUCUCACUCAUAUUCUAUUUCUCUCUUUUUCUCACUCAUAUUCUAUUUCUCUCUUUUUCUCACACUUGUUCUGUGUUCUAUUUCUCUUUUUCUCAUUCUUACUAUUUCUCUCUUUUUCUCACUCUUAUUCUAUUUUUCUCUUUUUCUCACUCAUUCUAUUUCUCUCUUUUUCUCACUCUUAUUCUAUUUCUCUCUUUUUCUCACUCUUAUUCUAUUUUUCUCUUUUUCUCACUCUUAUUCUAUUUCUCUCUUUUUCUCACUCUUAUUCUAUUUUUCUCUUUUUCUCACUCUUAUUCUAUUUCUCUCUUUUUCUCACUCUUAUUCUGUUUCUCUCUUUUUCUCACUCAUUCUAUUUCUCUCCUUUUCUCACUCUUAUUCUAUUUCUCUCCUUUUCUCACUUUUAUUCUAUUUUUCUCUUUUUUUCACUCUUGUUCUUUUUCUUACUUUUUCUCAUUCUUGUUCUGUUUUUUCUCUUAUUCUAUUUCUCUUUCCUUUUCUCAGUCAUGUUUUUUCUCUCUUUUUCUCACUCUUAUUCUAUUUUCCUCUUUCUCUCACACUUAUUCUAUUUCUCUCUUUUUCUCACUCGUUCUAUUUCUCACUUUUUCUCACUCUUGUUCUAUUUCUCUUUUUCUCACUCUUACUAUUUCUCUCUUUUUCUCACUUAUUCUAUUAUCCUCUCUCUCUCACACUUAUUCUAUUUCUCUCUUUUUCUCACUCUUGUUCUAUUUCUCUUUUUCUCACUCUUACUAUUUCUCUCUUUUUCUCACUCUUAUUCUAUUUCUCUCUUCUUCUCACUCUUAUUCUAUUUCUCUCUUCUUCUCACUCUUAUUCUAUUUCUCUCGUUUUUUCACUCUUAUUCUUUCACUUUCUUUUUCUCACUUUGAUUCUUUUUCUCAUUAUCUUUCUCAUUCUGUUUCCCUUAUUUUUCAUUCUUAUUUUUUUCUUUCUUUUUCUCUUUCUUUUUCUCUUUCUUUUUCACUUUACUUUUAUUUUUCUUAUUUUUAUUUUCUUUUUUUCUAAUUUCUUUGUCAUACCUGUUUUCUUUCUAUACUUUGUCUUAUAUUUCUUUUUGUACUUUUUUUUAUUUGUCUGCUUCUUUCUAUCAUUCUUUUUACCUUUAUUUUAUUUAUUUCCUUUCUUUUUUUAA